UCCUAUGUUAUGGCAAGAACCUUGGCUUGAGUCAUCCUCUUUCUCCACUCUCUCUUUCUAUCUCCUUUUGAGGUUUUUCAUAUAUUUGUCUUUAUACACACACACACAUACAUGCAAAAGAGAGGAAAAAGGAGAUAGUAAAAAAGAAAAUUCAUCAAACUAGAAGAAGUAAUGGGGAAAGGAAGAGCUCCAUGUUGUGAUAAGAAUCAAGUGAAGAGAGGGCCAUGGAGCCCUGCUGAAGAUUUAAGGCUCAUCACUUUCAUCCAAACCCAUGGCCAUGACAAUUGGAGAGCUCUCCCUAAACAAGCAGGAUUGUUAAGGUGUGGGAAAAGUUGCCGACUAAGAUGGAUCAAUUACCUUCGACCAGAUGUGAAACGAGGAAAUUUUACUGAAGAUGAAGAGGAAACCAUAAUCAAGUUGCAUAAAACUUGGGGAAACAAGUGGUCUAAAAUUGCAUCUCGUUUGCCUGGAAGAACGGACAAUGAGAUCAAGAACGUUUGGAACACACAUCUAAAGAAGAGAUUAUCACCGACAACAAAAGUUAUUCUCGACGAUUUUGGUGAUGAACCAAAAGAGUCAUCUUCGACAACUUCUUCCUCCUCUUUCUCCUCUUCCUCCAGUUUAGUCUCCUCCAAUCAAACACAAAACAUAGAGACAGAACAACUCAACAAGACCAACUCCAUUAACAACAAUAACAACCUCUUUUGUCUCAAACCAAAAGCAACCAGCUCUCUUUCUACUAACACUUCAAAUUCAAAUUCAAGUUGGCCUCAAAACCACUCUGAUUUUGGAGAAGAAGUGGAGAAGAAUAAAGAGAACCAACAAUUGGAAUUGGAAUUGGAGUCAGAAUCUCAAUCAAACACUAUGGAAAUUGAAAUCCCAUUGGAAUUUGACAAAGAUUUUUGGAACAUGUUAGAUUUAGACAUAGAUUUGUUCGAAUCUAACGAAGUAGAUCAAAAUUAUUGUCAAGGUUCAAACUUUGGAGCACAAAAAAACCAAGAUUUCGAAAAUCACAUGUGGUUUAAGUAUUUGGAGAACGAGUUGGGGUUAAACCGGCCGCCUGAACCUGAUGGUCGUGCCGGUGUCGACGACACGACCACAGAGGAUCACAGGCUAGAGGAUGAUGUAGACCCUUGCAUGGCUUAUUUUGCAGAUGGGUUCACUCAACAACUUUAGAGCUAAAAGUUCCAAUAACUUCAAGAAGAAAAAACUAUAUAAAAAGAAUUUAUAGUUUUUUUAUUAAAAAAAAAUUGACUUAGUAUUUGUUGCUUUGAAAUAUUUGGUAGGUAAAUCCAACUAUAUUUCUAACUUUUCGUAUUCACACACAUCAUGCACUUUUAAUUAGGUUUUAAUUUCUGCCUAUAUAUGCACAUUAAUGAUAAUUUAGUUUUGCCAAGGGAAAAUUAAUGUGUCUUGUCCAAGAUGUAAAUAAACAGCAAAAAAAAAAAAAACAAAGUAUUUAGGGAAGAAUUUAUAGGUUUAGAUAUGAACAUUUGAAAGGUACAUAAUGGAGGAUGGAGCUAGAAGUAUACAUGUAAAGGAAAAUUUGCAACUAAUUGAAACCAUAUGUUGAAUCAAGUUUGUGAGAAUCAUAUAUUUUGUUAUGUGUCAA